ACAACAGAUAGAGUUCCUAGAUUGUAUAGAAAUGACUGCUGACAUCAAUAUAGAUACUGCUAAUUUAGAGCAAUUAAGAGAUAUUCUCGUGAACAAAUCAGGAGAUGUCAAGUUGGCCAACCGAUUCAGAGCCUUAUUUAAUUUGAAGUCUAUAGGUGCUGAUCAAACCGAGCAGCCAGAACAGGCGAGGAAGGCAGUUGAAUAUAUUUCUGAGUGUUUCAAGGACAGCUCUGAGUUGUUGAAACAUGAAGUUGCCUAUGUUUUGGGUCAAACUAAAAAUUUAACUGCUGCUCCUUACUUGCGAGAUGUUUUAAUUGACGAUAACCAACAGGUUAUGGUUAGACACGAAGCUGCUGAAGCCUUGGGUGCCCUUGGGGAUUCUGAGUCAUUACCAUUAUUAAAGAAGUACUUCGUUGAAGACCCUGCUUUGGAAAUCAGACAAACCUGUGAGUUGGCUAUUGAAAGAAUUAACUGGGAAAACUCCGAAAGUGCAAAGACCGAAAAGUUGGAAAAGUCAUUAUACACUUCUAUCGAUCCAGCACCACCUUUAGCCACUGACCAAUCUUCUUCCAAGAUUGAGAAGUUGCAACAAAUCUUGAACGACCAAGACAAGCCAUUGUUUGAAAGAUAUAGAGCCAUGUUCAGACUACGUGAUUUGGGUACUGAUGAAGCUUGUUUAGCAUUAGCCUCGGGAUUUGAUGAUCCAAGUGCUUUAUUCAAGCAUGAAAUUGCUUAUGUUUUCGGACAAUUAUGUAAUCCAGUUACUGUUCCUUCAUUGAUUAAAGUAUUGAAGGAUGAAAGUCAAGCAGGAAUGGUCAGACAUGAAGCUGCUGAAGCUUUAGGUAGUAUUGCCACUGAUGAAUGUUUGCCUGUAUUGCAAUCAUUUCUUGAAGAUAAAGAAGAUGUUGUUAGAGAUUCUGCCAUUGUUGCAUUAGAUAUGUAUGAAUAUGAAAACUCUAAUGAAUUGGAGUAUGCCACUGUCAACUAA